AUGGGACGUAUCGUCAAGAUCCGGAUGCAAUACGACGCACAGACUCUUUCCGAUGCAAUUUGCGAAGCCAGGAGGACCAGCAACAUCAGAGCUACAUCGAAGAAAUACAACAUCCCCUUUACCACGCUUUUCCGACGAGUAAAAAACGAGAAAAGGAAGCUGCUACCUGGUCCCAAUCCCACCUUGCUGCCGGAGGAAGAAAACCGUAUUAAAAACUGGGUGAUUUACAUGGCGAAGGCUGGAUUUCCUGUUUGUGAAGUUGAUCUGAAGCAUACGGUUAAAGAUUACGCGGACAAAAUAAGGAAACACCGUUCCAUUCCAGAGACUUUCCCAAGCAAGAACUGGAGCAGCCGAUUUUUGGCACGAUAUCCGGAUAUUAAAAAAAAUCUGGUGAACAACUUGUCGAAAGCUACUGCAAAGGUUACUGAGCCUCAGUUGCGUAAUUGGUCCGCAGCGGUAGAUAAAUUACUGUGUGAGGACGGUAUCGUUAUGGCUAUUUUUGAUAAUUCAGAUCGUGUUUUGAAUUUCGAUGAAUCUGGAUUUUAACUUGUACCAAAGCGCUACAAGGCGUUGUGUUCGGAUGUAGAAAACCCUUAUCUUGUGACCGAUAAUUCGGAAAAAGAGAGUUAUACUGCUUUGUUUGGAAGUACUGCAGCUGGUGAUUUGUCACCUCAAGGAAAACGAAUAAGCAAGGAAAUGGUUGAGAAUAUAUCCAAAGGUUGGUCAGUUGGAGUCUCCGACGAGGGAUGGCAAACUUCGAAAACCUUUUACGAAUACAUUGUCAAUGACUUGUAUGCGUGGUUAAAGGAUAAAGGAACUGAAUUUCCGGUUCUGAUUUUCGUCGAUGGGCACAAGAGCCAUGUAAGCGUCGAGUUGGUUGAGUUCUGCGCACAACAAGGAUUGAUUUUGAUCUCUUUGUACCCGAACGCGACACGAAUUUUGCAGCCACUGGACAGAAACUUUUUCGGCCCGUUCAAGCAAAUUUGGAGCAAGGUGCUCCGACAACGUUUGUUGGGAAACAGCAGUGCACGUGUGAACAAGGCUAAUUUUGGUAGUCUACUGCAUACGGCACUACAAAAUUUUACAAAUUCUAAGGAGUGUCUCAAAAAAGCUUUCCAACUUUGUGGUCUCUUUCCGUGGAAUGUUGAUGCCAUCGACUUUAGUACCCUGCCAGCAAACGCCGAUGAUUCACAACGCAGCACUGAUACAUCUGUUACUGAGGAACCUGUAAUUGAUUAUGUACGACAACUUGAAUACGUUGAAAUGGGCCUAAAUCAAACUCAGCUCCAGGUAUUUGCUGAAAAUCGUGACAAGGAUUUCUGGUACGGUCCAUAUGAGGAACUGGCUUUAUUCAACUUCUGGAAAAGCAUUAAAGAUAAAUCCGAAGGACUUAUGUUCACAAGACGUUUGGAGCAAUACACUUUAAUUACCUGUAACUUCACUUCAGCUGAUCCGACAGAACCUGUACUGUCGUUUUCCGGUGAUGCAAUUGUAAUUAACGACGAAGUCAAUACAGAAAAUGUACCUCCUAACUGUGAUUCAGUGCAACUUCCUUUGAAUGGCCAUACUACAAAUACAGCAAACGAGGACGAUCCGUUUGUUGAUGUGCUAAUUUGGCCAAAAGUCAACGAUGCUGCAGGAAAAGGCCCGAGGAAGAAGGUGGAGCACAUCCCCUCUGUGGCUACAAGUAGCAAAUGGCUAGAGUGGCACAACAAAAAGGAAAAUGAUAAGAAAGAGAAAGAAAAUGCGAAACUUGCCCGAAUGGAAAAACGUCGUCUACUAAAGGAGCAAAAACUACUCAUGCAAAAGGAAAAGAAUAAGAAAAAGAGCAAUCGCAAAACUGAUUCUCAAGUUACGCUUCGGAAUUGAUUGUUUGUUAAUAACUUCUUUUUUUCAUUUCAAGCAAUUUUAUUUGAUAAUUUCAAAGAUCAUUUAGGUUGAUUCAUAAUAUGUGCCUACUUGAUUCAUAACUGUGACGAUAUAUCGAGCUGAUCCAUAAUUGUGGGUUGGUCAAAGAGAGAAUACUUGAAUAAAAAUGAGAUUCACCUUCAUUAUUUGGUGAAAACAAUACAUUUUCUUGAAAAUCAAUAUUGUUUUAUUAUUGUUUCGCCCACAAAACCUGUGAUGA